UAGAAAUGGUAAGAGGUUUUUUUUUUUCAACUUUAUUAAUUUCAUCAUAUACAUUGAACUGAUACUCUUAUAUCAUUUGUGUGUUUAUUGGAAGACUGCUGAAAGGGGUGGUGUGCCACCAGAUUGGUUAGAAUUGAUGAGGGAUAUGCACACCAAUAAACAAACCGGUGAGGUGCAAGAUCCUGUUGCGAGAGAGCUGUUGGCAACUCUGAGUAAGCUGAAGGAGGACAAAGAAGCACAACUUCAGCAGUCUCAUCAGUUGUCUGCGAAUGAUGGAUCUACAGCUUCUAACAUGCUGUCCCGCGAAGAGAUCAACCAACUGGUUCUCGAGAAUGUUCCUAUUAAGAAGGGUCGUCGGUAUGGUAUCGGUCGUACCUCUGAAGCUAUCUCAACCUCAUCAUCUCAGCUCUCUGUUUCUUCCUCGAGUAUUGUUCAGUACAUGGAGCGGAUGAAGACGGAGCUUGAUGAAGAGCGGUCAAAACGUCAAGCUAUUGAGGAACAGCUUCGUAGCGUGACCGCUUUCAUUUCCAACCUUUACCCGAGCAGUUCUCUGCAACUUAAACCCAGCCGGACUCUGCAACCCAAAGCCCGGACGAUCGAUGUUUCUAGUAAGGAACUUUGGUUUUUUUUUUACGUGCUGGAACUUUGCCAACGGUUUUUGGUAUGUGUUUUGGUGUGAUUAAUCACUUUGGUAUGUUUGUACAAUCUAUGACUAGUAAAUUAAUUACUUUAUCGAUGUAUGUUUGUUUUUAACUUUGCAAAUCUUUUAUAAAAAUUUGACUUUUAAAAUUCAAAAUCGAACUACCAUUUCAGUAUUUUAUAAUCCCAACCGAAAUAAACGUUUCUGACCGAUGCACCUGUCAGAAAUAUCCGACCGAAGUACCCGUCAAAACUUUCAGACCGAAAUAUCCGUCAAAUAUUUCUGACCGUAUCUUCCGUCAAAAAUUUCUGACCGUAUCUUCCGUCAAAACUUUCUGACCGCUGUUACCGUCAAAAGUGUCUGACCGCAAUUAUGGUCAGAAGUUUCUGACCGACAUUUCUGACGGAAAUUCGUCGGUUUUCGGUCAGAUAUUUCUGACCGUUUCUGACCGCUUAAAAAUUUCUGACCAUAUAGAUCUGUCAGAACAGGCCAUUUCCGAUCGUUUUCCAACGGAUAUGACGGUCAGAAAUUACUGAUUUUCUUGUAGUGUACGAACAAAGAAAAAAAACUUCUUCCACGAGUUGAAGUUCGAAAUGAACUUCUUAACCACUGACAUAAAGUUCCGAGGGACCAGCCUAUGCUUGUCCGUAUCUUUGACGAGUUGAAGCCUCAAAAGCGCUUCAAAAUGAUCGACGGAAAGGGAAAGGCCAUGCUCGUAGCUCAGG